UUCUAUUCAGAAGUAUUUCCCAAGGAGAGAUUAACAGAAAGAAGGAAGAUAAAAACGAUUAAGAGGAUUAAAUAGAUAAAAGGAUAAUUAUUAGGAUAGUUUUGAAAUUCUUUAUAGACAUUGGAGCAUGACAUAAUUAGUGUAGUAUUCAUUGAGUCAUUUUAACUCCAAAAUCUCGUUUCCAUCCCCUUACUGCCAAUAACAUGGCGCUCGCGUCAUUGCUUCAAUGCACUCCCUCCUGGUAACGACUCUUGUAGAAGAAAGCUAGCCGGUGCCAUUGAAAGUUCAUUUAAAUAUAAAUCAAUUAAAUAGAAUAUUUUCCAAACAGCAGAGAUUUAUUUUGAAAAUAAAACUUUAUGAUUAGAUAGCAAGAAAAUAGGUUGUUUUCAUUAAUAUCAUAUUUAUCACAAGUGGAAGUCAUCUUUCAUCUCUCUUUAUCCAUUAUUUUCAUUACAAGUGCAGUUAAGUGUUAGUUUAGUGUAUAAAUCACUGUGUGUAAUCAACAAUGGAGUACGUUAUGAUAAAAGACAUAAGACCCGGACAAAAAAACAUCAACGUAAUAUUUAUAAUUCUUGAGGUUGGUCACCCUACGAUCACCAAAGAAAACCGCGAAGUUCGAACAUUUAAAGUUGCUGAUAACACUGCCUGUAUGAAUGUGACAAUUUGGGAUGAACCAGGUCAAUUAUUAUCACCAGGUGAUAUUGUAAGAUUGACCAAGGGUUAUGCAUCUAUUUGGAGGCAGUGUCUUACCCUUUAUUCAGGAAAAAAUGGAGACAUUCAGAAAAUUGGUGAAUUCUGUAUGGUUAUUAAUGAGCAGUUGAAUAUGAGUGAACCUAAUCCAGCUUUAACACAACAAUUAUCUAAUCAAGGAGGUUCAGGAUCACCUGGAAAUAAUGUUAAUAAUUCAGUUAUUGCUCUUACAAAUAACGGAAAUGCCAAUAAUAUUACAGCAUCAACCAGGCAACCACUGGGAUUUCAUUAUCCUUUAGGAGUUGUUAUAUGCCAUUUGCUAGUCAAACUAUUUUUAGCUGCAUUCAUUAGAAAUAUAAGAUCAUACAAAAGAGGCCAACAACAAGGACGAUUAUCAUGGCAGAAUAUAUUAUCUGCUCUUGCUCCUCCAGGAAUUGCAAGUGGUUUAGACAUUGGAUUUUCUAACUGGGCCAUCUCUCUGAUAACUUUAUCCUUAUAUACUAUGACAAAAUCAACAAGCAUUAUAUUUAUCCUUGGCUUUGCACUCAUGUUCAAAUUAGAAAAAAAGUCAUGGUCACUCGUAGGAGUGGUAGUGAUGAUAUCAGGUGGUUUAAUAAUGUUUACAUACAAGUCAACACAAUUCCACGUAUUAGGAUUUUCUCUCUGUCUAUUAGCAUCUCUUUGCAGUGGAUUACGUUGGACAAUGGCUCAAUUAAUAAUGCAGAAAUCUAAAUUAGGGCUUAGUGGUCCUAUUGAUAUGAUGUAUUAUAUGCAGCCAUGGAUGUUGAUUGCUAUCAUUCCUAUGGCUCUGUGGUUUGAAGGUGAGAAAGCAUUAAUUGGCUUUCGAAGCAUUGAUUGGAAUAAACCGGAACAUGCCAUAUGGUCAGCUACUGCUAUCUUUAUUGGUGCCAUACUAGCUUUUAAUAUGGAAGUUAUGGAGUUCAUGGUAGUCACAUACACUUCUAGUCUCACCCUAGCAAUCCUAAAUAUCUUGAAGGAAAUAUGUAUGCUGGUUUUAGCCUUCGAAUGGAAAGGCGAUGAAAUCAAUAGCCUGAACUUUUUUGGACUAUUAUUGUGCCUUGGUGGUAUUUUAUUACAUGCAAUACAAAAAGUCCUGUUAAACAAAAAAGAAAUAACUGAAAAUCUUGAAUUACAUUCCGAAUCAAUUACCACUGUUGGAUCAAGUGUUGAUGAUGGUCAUGAUACAAAUAUUCCGCUUUUAAAUCAAAGAUCAACGUCCUUAAAUAAUUUAUUACAUUCGAAUUUUAGCACAGAUGAAGAAGAUGAUAGUAAAGAUAAAGAUGAUAGUUCAGAAAUUCUAUUCAAUAUAUUACAACGACGAGAACAAACAUAGUAUUAAUAUUUAUAUCUACUUUUGAAUCCAUUGAUUUCAUUUGAAAAUUAUUAGUAAUCUGAAAAAAAAGAAAUCAAUCAUUUUGCCUAUUUUUCCAUUAAAAUCGAUCAUGUUUUGCAAUGAAUUUAUGGAUUAUAUUUAUGAAAAUUUCAUUGCAUUUAUUGUAGGACCAUUGAGUUAAUUAACUCGAGUAUUCGAUUUUUUAUAUAAUGAUACACAAAACGCACAAAAACUUUAACAAAGACGUACUAAAAAAAAAUAUAACUAAUAUAUAGAUUAAAUUGUAUGUUGUAUAAACAAAAACAGAUUUUUAUUUAAUUCUAUUUCUUUAUUUCGAGUCGAGU